AUGCUAGUUCCGGCAUUAACUGAGAAGAGAAGAGUCCCUUGGUGAACAAGUAUACAACCGGGAUAUUCAAGCGAAUAAAUGCCACCAAGUAUGACUGAGAGCUCGGCGAAUAAGUUGAUAAAUGGAGAUGUUUGCCACCGGACCGCAAACGGUAAAAAAUCUUCGGGAAGGAACGGUUUCGUGAAGAAUCAUUGUUUGUUCCAACAACCGCAACAGAAGAAGUAUCGGCGCCCGAGUGAGAAGAACAACCAUGUUGUGCGUAACACCAGCCUGUACAACCGGCCGUUUGUGGAGCAGUUUGAGGAGACUCCUCUGCUUGUGGCGGUUCUCACCUACGUGGGCUACGGCAUCCUCACCAUCUUCGGGUACCUCAGAGACUUCCUCCGCAACUGGGGUGUCGAGAACUGCCACGUGGCCAGAGAGAGGGACGAACAGAAGGACUUUGUUCCGCUGUACCAGGACUUUGAGAACUUCUACACCAGGAAUCUAUACAUGCGUAUCCGUGACAACUGGAACAGGCCUAUCUGCAGUGUCCCUGGAGCCAAGAUGGACCUGGUGGAGAGAACCUCCAAAGACUACAACUGGACGUUCGAGUGAGUCGCGCACCCUAACAGGGCUUACUUAUAGUGUGUGUGGGGGGGGCUACUACGAGACCAUUUGUUUGGCGCUGUAGCCUAGGGCCCAGCCCUAGAAAAUCAUGGGAGUAGCUCGGGAGACAAGAUGUGUGUGGAUGGAUGGGUUGGUUCUUCUAUCCUUGUGGGUACCUAAAAUCCCCCAAAAGAAAAACAAGGAAAAUUCUCCCUUGUGGGGACAUUUCCCACAUCCCCAUGAGGAUAAAGGCUAUUUUAAGCUUAGAUUUAGGGUUACAAUUAGGGUUACAAUUAGGGUUACAAUUAGGGUUACAAUUAUGGUCAGGGUGAGAGGAAGAAUAGUGGUCAUGGGUUGGGUUACUGGUUAAAGUUUAGAGUUAGGGAAAAUAGAAUUUUGAAUGGAAACACAUUUUAGGUCCCCACGAGGAUAGAAUACCAAAAUGUGUGUGUCCUUACCUACCUACGUC